UUUGUGUAGUGUUGUGUUGUUGUCUUAGGCCUCUCUUUGUGUAGUGUUGUGUUGUUGUCUUAGGCCUCUCUUUGUGUUGUGUUGUGUUGUUGUCUUAGGCCUCUCUUUGUGUAGUGUUGUGUUGUCUCUCUUGUCGUGAUGUUUUGUCCUAUAUUUUUUAUUUGAUGUAUUUUUAUUUCCCCCGUCACCGCAGAAGGCCUUUUGCCUUUUGGUAGGCCCUCAUUGCAAAUAUGAAUUUGUUCUUUAACUGACUUGCCUCGUUAAAUAAAGUUUAAAUAAAGGUUAAAUAAAGGUUAAAUAAAAUAUACAAUUGAAUAACAAAAAAGUGUGCUCGGUAUGAUAUCUCUGAAAGAGCUUUAUAAGUAAGCAUUUCACUUCAAGGUCUACCUACACCUGUUGUAUCAACGCAUGUGAUAAAUACAAAGUUUAUUGAUCGCGUGCACAAAUUUGCAAAUGGUAUCGUAGGUACAGCGAAAUUAUGUUUCUAACUCCAACAAUAGCUCCACAUCAUCCAAAAAGUAAAAAAAAAAUGAAGAAAUACCAGAACGAGCAAUGUAAGAGUCCGUAAUGUCAAGAGUCCAGAAUCAUUUUUGCAAAAUUGUUUUACCUUAUUUACAUAAGUAUUCAGACCCCUUGCUAUGAGACUCGAAAUUAAGCUCAGGUGCAUCCUGUUUCCAUUGAUUAUCCUUGAGAUGUUUCUACAACUUGAUUGAAGUCCACCUGUGGUAAAUUCAAUUGAUUGGACAUGAUUUGGAAAGGCACACACCUGUCUAUAUAAGGUCCCACAGUUGACAGUGCAUGUCAGAGCAAAAACCAAACCAUGAGGUCGAAGGAAUUGUCCGUAGAGCUCCCAGACAUGAUUGUGUCGAGGCACAGAUCUGGGGAAGGGUACCAAAACAUUUCUGCAUCAUUGAAGGUCACACAUUAGCCUCCAUCAUUCUAAAAUGGAAGAAGUUUGGAAUCGCCAAGACUCCACCCGGCCAAACUGUGCGAUCAGGGAAGAAGGGCCAUUGUCAGGAAGGUAAACAAGAACCCGAUGGUCACACUGACAGAGCUCCAGAGUUCUUCUGUAGAGAUGGGAGAACCUUCCAGAAGGACAACCAUCUCUGCAGCACUACACAAAUCAGGCCUUUAUGGUAGAGUGACCAGACGGAAGCCACUCCUCAAUAAAAGGCACAUGACAGCCUGCUUGGAGUUUGCCAAAAGGCACCUAAAGACUCGCAGACCAUGAGAAACAAGAUUCUCUAGUCUGAUGAAACCAAGAUUGAACUCUUUGGCCUGAAUGCCAAGCCUCACGUCUGGAGGACACCUGGCACCAUACCUACGGUAAAGCAUGGUGGUGGCAGCAUCAUGCUCCCAGGGACUAGAAGACUAGUCAGGAUCGAGGGGAAGGAUGAUCGGAGCAAAGUAGAGAUCUUUGAUGCAAACCUGCACCAGAUUGCUCAGGACCUAAAACUGGGGCGCAGGAGUGGCUUCGGGACAAGUCUCUGAAUGUCCUUGAGUGUCCCAGCCAGAGCCCGGACUUGAACCCGAUCUAACAUCUCUGGAGAGACCUGAAAAUAGCUCUGCAGAGGACGCUCCCCAUCCAACCUGACAGAGCUUGAGAGGAUCUGCAGAGAAGAAUGGGAGAAACUCCCCAAAUACAGGUGUGCCAAGCUUGUAGCGUCAUACCCAAGAAGACCAGAGGCUGUAAUUGCUGCCAACGGUGCUUCAACAAAGUACUGAGUAAAGGGUCUGAAUACUGAUGGAAAUGUUUUAUUUUUAAUAGAGGUCACACCAGAUACUGACCGGUUUUCUGAUCCAUGCCCCUACAUUUUUUAUUUUAUUUGUGACCAACACAUGCAUAUCUGUAUUCCCAGUAAUGUGAAAUCCAUAGAUUAGAGCCUCAUUUAUUUAUUUCAACUGACUGAUUCCCUUAUAUGAACUGUAACUUAUUAAAACCUUUGAAAUUGUUGCAUGAUGCUUAUAUUUUUUGUUUUCGACAGUGUGCUCUCUGAAUUGACCUAUGACCCAGAGCACACUCUGAUCCACUGGAGGCAAUUUACGAACGCACCCAUAAUUUCGGCCACGCCGCCAUUAUACCUCAAAGAAGAAUAAAAUGAAGUGACACGCUGUCAGAUUACAUUCUCAAAUAAAACGUUUUGGUCCAGCCUCAUCAGUCACUAUAAUGCCGCUGCAGCAGAGUCCUGUGUGGCUUCCCACCGACCUCAAUGUCACCAAAAGAUGUAUAAUGUACAAACUGCUCGUCUUGGAGGACGCCAGGAAUACACUGGACAAACAACUACGACAUUUAACCGAAAAGGCCAACGUGGAAGUCCGAAGCUUCCUGAGCGCGCCUCAUCCUAUCAAUAUGCUGGACAACCUCGUCAGGUCUUUGGAUGCUAAAUGUUAUGCCAUUGAGAAACUUUCAACUGCACUCAAAAACCUGACGACCGAUCCACAAUUCAGUGCCCCAGCUUCCACCAGACCCCUAAACAGCCUGUUGCAGCCAGCGCUAUCCAGAGGCCGAGGCAUCAUGACAUCGUCAGACGUGCUGAAGUUUGGUCCCAUGCUGCAGAACGUCUUCAUGGCCGGCUCCAUCACCAAGGCAGUACAGAUGCUGGGAGCCUUGCCUGCCCUACAGCAACUCAAACUCUUCUGCUCCUCUUCCUCCUCUCAAGAUGAAGACUUCCAGAAGGAUCAGGUCUUUAUAUGCAGCAUCUCCUCCUCCAGCAAAGUAGCAAAGCUCCCAAUCCCCAGCUCCUCAACCAGCGUAGCCAGUCUGAAUCUGACCAAAGACAAUGGGAUCUUUAUCUCCAAGGAGAAGACCCCGCAGCAGCCAAAUACAACGACGGUUACAACCUCUCAAAUGAAAGAGAACAGUCAAAUCAAACAAACACCUGGAGCGACAGAUCUAGACCUACCUGUCCCAGGUGAGCUCCUCUCAGGGUUCAGUAACCCAGCCUACCAGAUGACAGCCCUGGCUCCUCCCCCUCUAGAUUCAGGAAGUGACACCAGAGUGCAGCACCAGAAGCAAACGUCCUCUCAGCUCAUGCAAUUCCUGCGAACCAAUUGCAGGAAUGAGCCGUUCAUGGAGUUGGCCGCUUUCUUCCAGCACACCAGCUACUACCAGUACACCUCUGAUUCCACUGCCCCGGCAAUGACCUCUGACCCCCUCCCGGAAACAAAGCAUGCCCAGGAAACCCAGAAUGUUCUAGAAACUAAGAACCACAACGUCAGCGUCCCAAAGAAGGAGCUGUUUUCAGAGCUGCCAGAUAACCAGCUGAACCAAUAUGCCCCGGUGUUCACAGUAAAGCGUGUGGAGUCUGGAGGCUCUCUGAUCUUCAGCUGUAUCAUUGCCACCAAGACGGAGCUCUGGGACAUAGGAGACGUCUUUACCGAGGCGACAAGGAGCGGUCCUUCCUCUGACGUCGUCACCACCUCGGAGAACAAGAUGUCUGCCGCUAGUCUCCAGUGUCGGAGUGUAGAGAUCUCUAAUAAGACCCUCCAACCCCCAGCUCCAUCCAUCCACAGCCUACAGAUCAAAGAGGGACAUGUGACGGGGGAGGUUCAGGAAGAUAUCAACAAUAUCAGUCUGACUCCAGAACUCCAGAGAUUCCAGAACUGUUGUUCCUUGGUUACCCCAGGCAACCAGUGUCUGAACAUUCCAGAGUUCCAGAUCCGUAAAUUUGAGGAGAUGGCGGUGGUGGUGAGUCACGUGGUGCAUCCUGGGAACUUCUACAUCCAACAGGCCGACGCCACCCUCCAGCUGGAGGACCUCAACACUGAUAGUUUAGCAGAGCUGAAGUGUACUCCAGACAUCGGGACCUACGUCAUGGCUUGGUUCCCCCAACAGGAGAGGUGGUGUCGGGCACAGGUGGCCAAGAUAUGUGGCAUGAGUGGAGACAUCAAUGAGGUGGAGGUGAGGAGGCUGGACUACGGAGACACUUCCUGUCUGUCUCUAUGUAACAUCAAGGAACUCAGUGCUGAGAUGACAUCACUUCCUCUACAGGCCAUACAGGUCUCCCUGGCUAAUGUGCGCCCAGUGGACGAGUGUGGCUGGACCCAACAGGCAGUAUAUUGGUUCAGAGACGUGGUGGGCAACAGGACGCUGUACGCACGGCUCUACCCUCAGGGAGAGAGACACAACCCCAUGGUGGAACUCUUCAUGGAGAAGGGAAAAUUGGGGUCCAUGAGGAGAGGAGCCUCUCUGUCUCUGAGACUGGCUCAGAAUGGACAUGCUAAACAUGACAAGCUGAGGAAUCUGGGAUUCAAGAGAAGUAGUGCGCAGGAGCGAACCAAGAAAUGUAGUGCGCAGGAGCGAACCAAGAAAUGUCAGUCUGCCUGGAACAAGUACCUUAUUUCCUGUUACACCCAGAAUAAGAACAUUAAACAGUCUGAACUAUAUCCCUUCUUGUUUCUCCUUUCCAGACUGGUCUUGAGAAAAGCUUUCAGAGCUGAAACAUUAAACAGUCUGAACUAUAUCCCUUCUUGUUUCUCCUCUCCAGACCUGGAAUCGAAAAUGAACUGGGGGUCCUUUUACGCCGUAAUCAGCGGCGUAAACAGGCAUUCUACCGGCAUCGGCCGCAUCUGGCUGUCUGUCAUCUUCAUCUUCAGAAUCCUGGUCCUCGUGGUGGCGGCCGAGUCUGUCUGGGGCGACGAGAAGUCUGGCUUCACCUGCAACACCCAGCAGCCCGGCUGCAACUCUGUCUGCUAUGACCAGUUCUUUCCCAUCUCACACAUCCGCCUGUGGGCCUUGCAGCUCAUCCUGGUGUCCACGCCUGCUCUCCUAGUGGCCAUGCAUGUAGCCCAUCGCAGACACAUCAACAAGAGGAUCCUGAAGAAGUCCGGGCGCGGUUCCCCUAAGGAGCUGGAACAACUCAAGAACCAGAAGUUUGCGAUCACAGGCGCCCUCUGGUGGACCUACAUGAUCAGUGUGCUGUUUAGGAUCGUUCUGGAAGUCUGCUUCCUGUAUAUAUUCUACUUGAUCUACCCUGACUUCAAGAUGUUCCGUCUGGUCAAGUGUGACUCGUACCCCUGCCCCAACACUGUGGACUGCUUCGUGUCGCGACCCACGGAGAAAACCAUCUUCACCGUGUUCAUGCUCUCCGUGUCGGGGGUGUGUGUUCUCCUCAACCUGGCCGAGGUGGCCUACCUGAUUGGCAGAGCCUGUCUGAGGUGUAUCCAUGGUAACCAGGAAGAGACUAAGGUAGCAUGGAUCGGUCAGAAACUGUCCUCCUACAAACAGAAUGAAAUAAACCAGAUGAUCGCUGACCAGUCGAAGUUCAAGUUCAACAUGGGAGCUAGGAAGACCUCUAUGGAGAAGGGAGAGAGGUGUUCUGCUUUCUGAUAGGCUGCCCUGGAAGGGAGAGUGGUGCUCUGCUUUCUGAUAGGCUGCGCUGGAAGGGAGAGUGGUGCUCUGCUUUCUGAUAGGCUGCCCUGGAAGGGAGAGAGGUGCUCUGCUUACUAAUAGGCUGCCCUGGAAGGGAGAGAGGGGCUCUGCUUUCUAAUAGGCUGCCCUGGAAGGGAGAGAGGGGCUCUGCUUUCUAAUAGGCUGCCCUGGAAGGGAGAGAGGUGCUCUGCUAACUAAUAGGCUGCCCUGGAAGGGAGAGAGGUGCUCUGCUUUCUAAUAGGCUGCCCUGGAAGGGAGAGAGGUGCUCUGCUUUCUAAUAGGCUGCCCUGGAAGGGAGAGAGGUGCUCUGCUUUCUAAUAGGCUGCCCUGGAGGGAGAGAGGUGCUCUGCUUUCUAAUAGGCUGCCCUGGAGGGAGAGAGGUGCUCUGCUUUCUAAUAGGCUGCCCUGGAGGAAGAGAGGUGCUCUGCUUUCUGAUAGGCUGCCCUGGAAGGGAGAGAGGUGCUCUGCUUUCUAAUAGGCUGCCCUGGAAGGGAGAGAGGUGCUCUGCUUUCUAAUAGGCUGCCCUGGAAGGGAGAGAGGUGCUCUGCUUUCUAAUAGGCUGCCCUGGAGGGAGAGAGGUGCUCUGCUUUCUAAUAGGCUGCCCUGGAGGAAGAGGUGCUCUGCUUUCUGAUAGGCUGCCCUGGAAGGGAGAGAGGUGCUCUGCUUUCUAAUAGGCUGCCCUGGAAGAGAGAGAGGUGCUCUGCUUUCUAAUAGGCUGCCCUGGAGGGAGAGAGGUGCUCUGCUUUCUGAUAGGCUGCCCUGGAAGGGAGAGAGGUGCUCUGCUUUCUGAUAGGCUGCCCUGGAAGGGAGAGAGGUGCUCUGCUUUCUAAUAGGCUGCCCUGGAGGAAGAGAGGUGCUCUGCUUUCUGAUAGGCUGCCCUGGAAGGGAGAGAGGUGCUCUGCUUUCUGAUAGGCUGCCCUGGAAGGGAGAGAGGUGCUCUGCUUUCUGAUAGGCUGCCCUGGAAGGGAGAGAGGGGUUCUCACUCCUUUUCACUGCUUCAAACUAAAGAACUAACCAGCUUGGAACCAUACUGUAGAGAAAUCCUCAUACAAUAGCUCCAUCUAGUCAUAACGCCAAUCAUCAUUUAUUUCUUGCCUCAUUUAUUUGGGUGACUGGUGCUAGGUUCUGGUAGGAUAUGAAGAACAAACAGACCCAGGAUGGGAUGGGCCCCCAAAAAAUAAAACUAACCCGGACAAACUCGAUGCUGGAUUGGAGGGAGAAUUUUGUUUCAUCGUGAUCGACACAGUCGCUGUUUUCUCCCAACCUUGGGGCAGGAACUAGUGGAUAAAGGAACAUUUGUUUCAGCACAUGACUUGACAAACCCAUUGUAUUGGAACUCACUGAGUCUCCUACAGCGGGGAGACUGCUCCUACAGCACGGAGACUGCUCCUACAGCGGGGAGACUUCUCCUACAGCACGGAGACUUCUCCUACAGCGGGGAGACUGCUCCUACUGCUCCUACAGCGGGGAGACUGCUCCUACAGCGGGGAGACUGCUCCUACAGCGGGGAGACUUCUCCUACAGCACGGAGACUUCUCCU